GAUUCUCUUUUAUUUGUUGAGCUUUGUGUUGUCCUUCCAGCUGAGGCACACUUCGAGGUUCCUUGGCCGCGGGGAAGCAUGUCUCCAGGCCCCCCCGGCAGCCCCAUAGACCCCAGGGGCACAAUGUUAUCACGCCUCUCCUCUAAAAUGGCGGAGGUCAGCAGCAAUGGAGAGCUUCUCAGUGGUGGACAGCAUGCCAAUGAUCACCGUGGAGUCCGAGGAUGCCACACACCUGAUCGCCACCACCUCCAGCAACAGCAUUGUAACGUCAGAACACAUUGUCGUGAAGGGUGUGGAUGACGGGGAAUACGAGGACAAGGAGCAAGUGAAUGAAGGGUCUGAAGAUCCCCUGGACGGUAAGGGCAUGGCCAGGAUCAUCUCCGACGGGAGCCACAUCAUCGCCAAUGACACUGAUGAGGCUCACACAUCCACACGAAUCAUCACCACAACAGACGCCACUCGGAUAUUCACCAGUGAGUCUGGACACAUCAUGACCUCUGACGCCGGGCAGCUGAUCUCUUCUGAUGCCACCAUUUUCAGUGACUCCGGAAGUGAUAUCAUAACCACUGAGGCGAGCCACAUUAUAAUGGACAGUGAUGGUGGGGGGAGCAUCCUCCACUCGGCAGGAACAGUCAUUGAGCGUGAUGAAAAAGCACAUAUUGUGUCGUCAGAUGGAGAAGUGAUAGCUGUGGAUGGCAGCCUCCUGGAUGGGUCACACUCCCUGCACACCCAUGUUACUCAGGUGAUUGAGGAGGCGGAGGAGGGUGAAGACUCGCUGCUCCAGAGGAUAAAAAAGGAGCCGGGUGAGGUGGAGGAAGGCUACGAAGACAUGUCCACCCUCCAGAUUCGAGUUAAUGCAUCCGCGCCACGCAAGAGGGAUGGUGACCAGUCUGAGGGGCCAGAGGAUUCUGAGAAGGGCAUGAAUGACCUGAUCAUCACCGAGCGUACAAACCGGUAUGCCAAGGUGGACAAGGACGACCCGAGGAGCCGGCUUCACUUCGUCAAGUACAUGAAGCGUGAUGGCAAGACCAUCAAGAUCUGGGAGUGUGGAAUUUGUGGGAAGGAGUUCAUGCACCAGUACACACUGAUGCGCCACUUGCCCACACACACCGACGAGAGGAACUUCAGGUGUAACCAGUGUGGGAAGGCCUUCAGGCAGAUGUCCACACUCUCCCAACACAAGGCAACACACUCCAAGUCAAGGCCGUACGUCUGUGAUCUGUGUCAAAAGACCUUCAGCAGAGUGUCAACGCUCAUCUCCCACAAGAAGACUCACACCGAGGAGAAGCAGCACCAGUGUUACGUCUGUGGCAAAGCGUUCCACCAGAAAGGUAAUUUGAAGAAUCACAUGUUCACUCACACCAACGAACGGCCGUACAAGUGCAACAUCUGCGGCCGAGGGUUCAACCAGUCAUCCAACCUGCAAUGCCACAAAGCAAAGGCGCAUGCGGACGGGACGCUACUCUACCAGUACGUUGCGGAUAAAUAUAAAUGUAACUACUGCGAACAAGCCUUCUCAAGACGGGCUCAGCUUCGGCAGCACGAGGAGUACAAGCACGGCGUUCGCAACCUGCAUGGCUCCCGGUCACUGUCUGGUGCUGGCGGUCGCGUCAUGGGGAACAACAGCGCCCUCCUACGCAAGCGAAAGAUUGGAAAUGUUCGCAUCAUCCAGCUGCCAAAUGGAGACAGGACGUUCCAAGAAAUCGGUGCAAACGACGCAAUGCCAAGACAACGCAAGAUGAAACCAAAGCAAAGUAUGAAGAACGGCAUCCUGAUUGAACCCAUCGACACCAAGGCCAUGCACCAAGCGCUGGCUGCUGGGAGGACACCAUUUGCCCUCCUCAAGCCCAGCAAGGGAGUGCCUGUCCUGGUGAAGGUGCAGUUUGCUCCUGGAAGUAAACAUAUGUUGGUUCCUGCUGCUGCCAGUGAGCUGAGGAGUGCCAGCAAGUUCACUGUGUCGAGUCAGCAGAGUGGCACCAAGGCUGUCCAGAUCAAGGUUCCUGUUGUGGCGACCGUCAUACAACGAGUGGAUGAAAACGGACAGGUGCACAUGGACGUUGAGGCUCCUGCUGAUGAAGAGGAGGAGGAAGAGGAGGAAGAUAGAUUUGGAGCAUCAGAUGGAGACAACACCAUGGCAGCUGGGCAGGAGGAGGCAGCGAACAGCAGGCCCGAGGCAGCCCCGUCCAUUAUCUCCACUGUUGACAGUGAUGUCUCCGUCAGCCAGCGACUUAUCAACCCAGCUGUUGUGCAGACGUCCAUCACUGAACCAGUCAUGGAGGGCGAGGAGGAGGGAGAGGAGGCGGGUGAACACUCCUUGGACGCCCCCAUGACCUCCACAGAGGACGGCAUCAUCAUCAGCGCCAUGGCUGGAGGGGAUCCCAUGGAGUACUCGCUGGACCAGGAGGCAGCCAUGGCCACAGGCUCUGCAGAGGAGACUGGGGAGGAGAUCAGCUCGGUGGACCUCCUCGCCACGGCUGUCAACCUCGUGUCCCAGGCACAGAUGGGGAAAGAAGGCAUGAACAGCAUGGAGGGCAUCCAGUACCUGCGACAAGUGAACCUGCGUGAGUACGAGGUGGUGCCGGCCAACCACGCCCAGGCCACUCACAUCAUCAACCAGCACGGACACAUAGAGCAGAUCAAGAUGGUGGAGGAGAGCACCCCUGCUGUCAACAUGGAGCAGGCCAACAUCAGCGCCUUCAUGGACGCCCUGCAGAACGUUGGUUACCACCUCGGCACCGGCAACCAGCAAAUCAUCAUAAACGCUGACGGCAAUGCAAUGGUGGUGGAUCAGCAGGUGCACAUGGUAAUUGAUGGGGACAUGGAAGGCGUGGUGAGUGACAGUGUUGAUCCGUCCUCGGUGAAUCUGGUCGUCCAUGAGGUGCCGGAGCAGGGCAUACAAGCGACGGAUGGUGAGGACACAACCUGAGGAGGCACUACAGGAGGCGGCUGCUGAACUGCUCAUCUCGUCUCACCAUGAAACCCACCAGGCCACAACGGCUGUAUUAUCUCGUCACAUGUAGAUAUCUGCAAGGCUAGAAUUAUCCUUAAGUCGGGGAGGGGGUAACGACGGUAACAUAUUAAUAGGAUGUGUGUUACUAUAUCAUUUUUUAACAUGUUCAUCACUUGUGUGUUAAGCGAUCAUUUUUCACACCCUUCACUAUCAUAGCUCGUGGUGUAGGAAAGCCGCGUCGCUCUCCAAAGAUGGGUUUAUAGUUGAUGCGGUAUGUUCAGGGAGUGCUAGUCAGAUCCCUUGUGCCACCUGCUGAGUCGCCUGUAUUUAUCAUUGGAUCCAUUAAUUGUCCUCAAGUGCCUUCAGAGAUUCCAGGGUUUGGCCAAGACUGAUGGACUGACUAGCGGUGAAUAUGUUGUGUCACUCCUCAAGGACAAGACAAUACAAGUGGUUAAGGUAAAGAACAUGAUUAGAAAACUUGUGCCCAUACCUCGUCAUUGCUCCUAUUAGUGUAGGAAAUGGGGAUCUCAUACUUCAUCAGUGUCUUCAUCAGUAUAUAAAAUAAGGUCUCAUACUUUGCCAUUGUCUUCAUCGAUAUAGAAAACUUUGCCUCACACUUCCUCAUUGCUCCCAUCAUAGUAGAAAACUGGGAUCUCGUACUUCAUAAAUGUCCUCAUCAGUAUAGGAAAGAGGCCUCAUACUUUGUCAUUGUCUUCAUUGGUAUAGAAACUUUACCUCACACUUCAUCGUUACUUUCAUUAGCAUCUUGCAUCUUCAUUGAGUGUCAGAAAAAUUUUGGAAUAAUUUCAGUGCCUUGUUGAUAAGCGUCGCAAACGAAUAACCCUCAAGUACUGUGUACAUGGUUAAAAAUUGAAAUAUUCUCCUUCUUUAUAUUGCAUUGUACUGGGUAAUUGACACUAACAUCAUGCCCAUCCUGUGAAAAGUCAAAGCAAAAAGUAGUACUUGAGACAAACUUCUGCUAAUAACCCUUGAGUAUUGAGUAAUGGGUUAAUAAUUCAUGUAUUCUGCUAUUUUAUAUUCCAUAGCACUGGGUAGUUGACAUUAGCAUUACGCCCAGCCUGUGAAGAGUCAAAGCAAAAAGUAGUACAUAAAACAAAACUUCUGUUGACUACUCUGAAAAAAAAGUUUCUUGUAAUGAACCAUUGUGCUUUGACUCCACAGCAAGGGAGUUAUUUGGGAGAAGUUUGGUGGUAGUGUUCCUACUUAAUACUGUCCUCUUGAGGCAGACUUGUUCUCUUGUUGGUGCUACAAGUUCCAAGUUCCUUCCUGUUGUGUUAAGGUGGGUUCGCUUUGUACGGUUGGCUCUCUCCACACACACACACACACACACACACACACACUCACACCCACACACACACAUAUCCUUGUUUACUCAGCUGUGUUUAGGGUGUGUUGAUAUUUUGUAUUCAUCCUAUUUAUGCACUGCCCAUCAGAGGUCCAAGGCAGAUGUUGCUUUCAAAUUAAAGUGUUGCAAUUCUGGUACAAUCAUCAGUCGAGGAGACUCGUCAAUUUUUAUGUCAUUUGUUGGUCUUGGCAACCCAUGUUUCUAUCAUGCACAUGUUUACACACAUUUUCAUCUCAUGACCUACAAGCCAAAAAUUAUUAUUAGGGAGUUAAGUUCCUGCUCUUGGUCUGUUUCUGUCUUUCAAACCCUUUUGAGUUGGGUGUCUCAGGAUCACUAUUUGUUGUAUUAGGGGACAAGGAGGGGGAAAGGUUGCCAACUAGUAUCUGUCCUUUACACUGGUCUUGCUCUAAUACAGUCAUAUCCAUCUUUUUAAUUAUGUGAAGUCUUAAACCAUACUGUUUCCAUUAUUUUUAAUCUGUAUCACCUUUUGUUGCCUGAGCAUUCAGCAGACAGACAGCUAGCACGUGUUGAAACUGGGUGGGUGGUGGGUGUCCUGGAGACAGAAUGCUGUUUUAUUGCUUCAUGACAGGAUCUUUUGCUGAAUUUUUGAAUUUUGGUUAUUUUAGUGUAUGUUCCAGCAACUAAUGCUUUGUUUUGGGGAAGAUUGUGAAUUGUGGUUGCUUGUCUUUCCACUUCUCAUCAGUGUGUGUCACACUUCUUGGGACCACAGUGGCAGUGUGGAGUGUUCACUAGUAAGGUGGUGCUGCUGGACUGUCCUGCUGCACCACAAAGCUACAUAAUCUUCAUAUUGAAGCUUGAAUAUUAAUAUUUGUCUAAUACUUGACAAGUCCAGUUUUGAUUAUUCCUUCAGCUGGUGCCUGGACACCCAGCCUGGCCCAGCACCUCAAGGUGCCUCAUGCAUAGCCAGUGUCCCGUGGGAUACCUCAUCCUGCUGCAGCUAUACAUUGAAAUAUUAAACUUAGUUAUCAGUAAGCACAUAUUCAUUAAGACUGGGCCAGCAACUAAGGGGGAAAACACUGGAAAUAUUUCCCAGUGUUCAGCCACUGAUGACUGCCCAACCCACCGGAGUAGGAGACCAAGAGGCUCUUACUAAUCUGCUGAAAUCAUAUGCACCAUUGCCUCUGAUAGCAUGAAAGAAAAAGUUAAAUCACAAGUUGAGAAUUUACUAAAAUUUCACAAAUUAUUUUGACUAGACUGAGUGUAACACAAGCCUUUCGUUGUUUGUAUGUGGAUGGAUGUUAGCGGAGGCGUCAGGCACUGCAAGUGUGUGGAUGGUGAAGCAUGGGGAGGCAAGUCUUGUAAUUAUGAUUUACAGUGGGAAGACUCCAGUCAGUUUCAUUCUUGUUGUUGCACAGUUUUAUAUACAGAUGCUAUUUUGUUAAGCUGAUGUGUUUGUGAUAUGUACAGCCAGGUUAAGUGUGCCACAUUGUAUAUUAUUCUUUAGUGUGUGUGUGUGUGUGUUUGGAGAUGGAAGUAAAUAUAUUCUGUGCUCUGAAUAAGGUCAAUGUACACACACACACACACACACACACACAAGGAGGUGGUGUGGUGUGGUGUGGUGUGUGGUCAUAAGCUCAUGUACCUGAUGAAUAAUUGUUAGUGUUGCUCAAGCCCACGGCAGGCCAGGUGUGCAGGGCAGGGCAGGACAAACAGGCCGGCACAGCGUUUGUGUGGCAAGGGGUGUUGGAGACCUGUGGACUGUGCCUGGUAAAACUAUUUAUUGUAUGUUAUAUCAAACGUAGGUGCCGGCCAGCACUUAAGGUCAUGGUCAUGUGAUGCCAUUUACCUUGUUUCCUUCCUUUUUAUUUCCUCAGUCUGGGUGCAGGGAAGUGCAUAUAAGAGCUUCAGAUGAGUGAAUGCACUAGUGAUUUUAAGCCAAUAAGGAUUUUAUACUUAUCAUCAUCAUCACCAUGAACACAUUUCUUGCACAGACAUGUGGGCCAUCACAGUGUAUUGGUACAUUGAUAUAUCAUUGUAUUGAUAUGCCAAUGUCUUGAUCCUGUAUUGUAUUAAUAUACUGAUAUAUAAAUGUAUUGAUAUCAUCCAGAAA